AUCACUGCGGGGACAGACGCGUUAUUUGGAGUAGGAGUGAAUCCCACGGACGAUUUAACGACACCUGUCACACAGGAACAACCGUCCGUAAAUAUUCCAUAAGGUCUGAUUUGGACGCAUCCACCCUCGUGAAAUAUCUGAAAAUGGCACGCACAGACAACGAUCGGUGAUUUCUACGUUUCCCGGUAGUUUUCAGAAAAACAAUAGGGACUUAAAGAUUUUUUUUUUUCAUCUUCCACUGGGCACUAUGGCACACAUUUGGAUCCCGUAAGAGAAUAUAUCGCAGCGUCAGAGGGGUCUGCGCCGGCGGAGACAAGUGGAGAGACUGGGAAACUUGUGUUGUGCAGGAGACGGUCGUUCAUUUCGAGUCUGCGCUGAGAACGCAGCUGUCACACAGAGAAAGGAGAGCCAUGGUGAACUCGGUCAUACUGAUGCUCGGCUGGACUGUGAUCUCCGAAGUCGUGAUGGCGCAGAAUGACACGGAGCCGAUCGUCCUGGAGGGAAAAUGCCUCGUGGUCUGCGACUCCAAUCCGACCACGGACUGGAAGGCUUCAUCCUCUCCGCUCGGCAUCUCGGUGCGCGCCGCCAACUCCAAGGUGGCUUUCUCUGCAGUCCGGAACAACAACCACGAGCCGUCGGAGAUGAGCAACAAAACAAGAAUAAUCUACUUCGACAAGGUUCUUGUGAAUAUAGGAAACUACUUCACAUUCGAUUCAGUGUUCCUGUCUCCAAGAAAAGGAGUCUACAGUUUCAGUUUCCAUGUGAUUAAAGUGUACCAGAGUCAAACCAUACAGGUGAACUUGAUGUUGAACGGGAAGCCAGUCAUCUCUGCCUUUGCGGGUGACAAAGAUGUAACUCGUGAGGCAGCAACCAACGGAGUUCUGCUCUUUCUCGAAAAAGAGGACAAGGUCUACCUAAAGCUGGAGAAAGGAAACCUCGUUGGUGGAUGGCAAUACUCUACAUUUUCUGGCUUUCUUGUUUUUCCCCUGUAAAUAAAAGAAAAAAAAAUAGAUUGUACCCUAACUGACUUCUUCAUAAUGUGUUGUCACAAUAUAAACCAAACAUUGCUGCUGCUGCACAUGCUGGAUCUUGCCAAUGGUUGAAAAGCGAUGGAUGUAAAUGGAUCCCAGCAGAGAGAGGAAAUGAGACUUUGGAAAGUGUCCAUUGAGAUAAAAGACAUUUCAAAUGUUCCCUAUCAUGACUGUAUGUUCCUGUCACUCAAGCUACUUCAGAGAGAAAGACUGAAACAUCCAAAACAGACUUUUUGAACUUUUGAAUAUGUUUGGCGUACCCUUUCUUCUUUUAUUUUUAAUGAUACCUGUUUAAACAUUCUAGCACAUCUGCCUUUUGAGUGUGAACUGUACAUGCCUCUGUUACUUGUGCGAAUUGUCAUGAGCAAAGUGUUCACAUUGAUAUUUAUUGGGGAAUGUCAUCACUGGAACUAAACUUUCCAGGUCAUGAGGUACUUAAGUGACAGGGAUGGCAGUAGUGUAGAAGACUCUGGUAAAAAAUAAUGUUUAUAUAAGUCUCUUAAUCAAACCAUUUACUUUAAAUCAGAUAAAGGUAUGUUUGAUGAGAGACAUAGAUGGAUAAUUAAUGGGCAUAACAAGACAUACAAAUACAAAAUGCAGAAUAACUACAAAAAACUCAAAAGAAAGAAAAUGACCACAGAGAGAAACAAACUACAAAGUGAGUAAAGUAUAAAGAAAACAGUCACACAGAGAUAUGGUUGUAAAAGGAAUGGGAAGUCUUUUUUUUGUUUUAAUUUGGCUAUAAUCAUUACAAAUAACACCAGUUAUUACUGUAGUGUAUGCUGUCCAUCAGCGAACACAAUGGUAGCAACCACCUGAUUAGAAGAGCUGGUGGGGAACAAAACUAGAGCUAAAAGUGACUACUGCCAAUUCAUGUCUUCAAAUAAAGUUGUGUUUACAGUGUUCACAAGAAGAGUCCAUAGAAGAGUGCCCCCCUCUUGUGGUAUUUACAAACAUGUAAUUGGAAAAUUUGGAGCUUCAAAUAUGCUAGGUCUAACGUAUUUUGUGGCGUUUUCAAAAAAUGGUUGUAGUUUAGAGUUUUGGUCAUAAUUAUAUAGGCUUUGUUUGAGGAAAAUGCUGAUGUUUUCUCCUUUUUAAUUAUACCUUUACGUUUCCUGCAUCAAGUUACUAGCUAAUCCAUUAGCUUGUUAAACUCUUAGCCUUGUGGCGUAAUCAUCAGCUCCUGUGUUCAAUUUGACAGCAGUAUUUGACUCCAAAUGACAAACUCGCAACUGUGUACUAACAAGUGUACCAUAUAAACUUAUUGUACAUUAUAAACAGCAUACCAGUGUUGUGUUUCUGCCUCCUGCAAGUAAAAAGGUUGGAGAAAGCUUGUGGCUAUGGUCAAAUGUGACUAAAACAAAGAUUUCCAGGACCUUAACCAAAUGGCAUGGCUCAACGUAACAAUGGAAAGUGUCACCAGUUCUUUGGUUGCUAAAGAAAAUAUUAAUGUACAAGAGUGAAUAUUAUCGGAAAACAAACAUGAUGCCACCUAAUGUGUUCAUAUCUCUUAAAACGAAUAUCAACUCAUUUCCUGCUUGUGUAUUUAUAACAGAAGAACUCUCAUGGUUUAUGGAGCUUAAUGAAGUUUAAUGAGAACGUUGACUGGUUAGUAUGCUGAUAAUAAAUGGAUUCCUGUCACAGUCGGCGAGCAUAAACAGCUUCCACUGGGCGGUCUGGGAUAACUGAUGAAUUAAUGACCUCCUUACUUGUUGCUCUUGAGCUCAGUGUGCGCUUACAGCAUGUAAUGGCUCUCCUCUUCAGAGUUACUGUGUGCUGUAUUACCUUGACAUGAUCUACACACUCAUCAGCUGGAAGCUCAGUUGCACUCAUAAGAUUUAUGUUUUAAUUGGUCAUGCAUUUUUCAGUCAGUGGCCUUAACAUCAGUUGCUCCAUUUACAUGGACACUAAUAUUCCAUCAGUAAUCAGAAUAAAGAGGAGUCAUGUAACCAUCCCAGUCAGAACAGACUGACCUGAGCAGAUUGAGAGUUGUUGUGUAAAUCUUCUACGGUCUAAAAAAAUGAACAAAGCUGAAAUUGAUGCGGGCAGUAACAUGUAAACGUGGCUCAUUCUCAACCACCUUCUUCUGUUGACUGGAUAAAGUUGUGGUUAGACCUCUGUCAGAUUUGAUGCUACACAUCUGAACCUCUUUAUCCAAAAAGCUACAUUGUGAUCGAUGUUUUAGGACAUCUGUGUGAAGAGUGGGAAUCUCUUAUCAGAAUGAUUUCAGUCAGGUUGAAGAGAUAUUGUUCAUCUUAACAUUGUCAUUGCAUUCAGCUACAUACAUACUCAAUGUGAAACCACAUGAUGCACUUUGAAAAUUAGGAAAUACUAUCUGGAAAUGUAACGAAUGCCGAACGUUGAAAGCAUCUUGUAUUGUUUGAAUUUUCUGUUGAAACUUUUUCUUGUCAUAGUGGGAAAACACUGGUGUUUUCACAAUCGCUACAUUAUGUCUGUAAAAGGGCUCCCAAAAAAGGCAAGCGGAUUUGCAGGUGCUCGCAGAAGUACGACAACUAGUUGUGUAGUAUGUACUAGUUUAAGUAUGUGGUUGUUAACAGACACAGAUGUUCCUGUUUAAACCCCAUCUCCCUAUCAGUCCUUUAGAGCGGAAGAGGCUCGGAUGAGCGACAAAACGUCUUGAAGAAAUUCUACAGGCUGCCUUUGUUUAACCUUUUUGGUUAAUAGCUACAUUCCACUUGGGGAGAACCUGCUUUUGUGCAGUCUGGUUAUUGGAACUGAGCCAUUGUUAAUACACACCUGUUUUCCCUACUGUGACAAGUAAAAAUGUAAACAGUAAAAAAUGGUCUGUAAAGUUGGGAAAACAUCUUUUUCUGAAACAAUUCUCGCAGAAGUGAUGAGGCCUAUAUCACAUAUUGGCAAAGGCCUAUUGUCCAUGCAAGUGAGCAACUGUCAUAUUUUGCAACCAUAAAGUGAAAA